AUGUUAAAAGAAUUAUGGUAUAGAAAACAAUACUGUACCUAUACCCAUCCAGCCAUAUGUAUCCAAUCCUCGUUAGUUUAUGCUUCGACUGUCCAACAAAGCCCACGCCAAGUGGCCACGACAGUUUUGUCCGUCAGCAUAGAGAUGGCUCAAUUAUCUAAGACAUUUCUGACCAAGCUCACCAAAUUUAAAGGAUUAAAGCCUAGAGAGUACGCGGCCCUCAAAGACUGCAUUGAAGAAGUGAGUGAUGGGGUGGACCGGUUAAGCCAAUCAGUCCAAGAGCUCAAGACCAUGGGCCGGGCUCGUGGUAAAGACUUCAUAUGGCACAUGAGCAAUGUUGAGACAUGGGUUAGUGCUGCACUAACUGAUGACAACACAUGCAUGGAUGGAUUUUCGGGCCGGGCCUUGAAUGGUAGGAUUAAGUCUUCUGUGAGAGCACAUAUGAUUAAUUUGGCUCAGGUCGCCUGCAAUGCAUUGGCACUUUGCAAUCAUUUUUCUGCAUAG